AUGCCCUCCUCGGGCCUCGCCGUCCUUGUCGACAACACAGACGCCAACUUCACUUUCAAUUCGCCGUGGUCGCUGUCCUUGCCAGAGCCCAUCUGGGUAAACGAGACAUAUACGGUCUACAGCUCGUUCGGGGAGGGCAAUGGGUCAUUGGGAUACGGGUUUGAAGGAACUGCGAUCGCGUUCUACGGCCAUGCUGACGGCCAGCUGGUAGCAUCCAUUGACGGAGCAUCGCCAACUUAUCACCCACCUGGCCUACAGUUCCAGAUAUAUCAACAGUGGUUCAACUUCGCUGAUUUAGCCGAUACGUAUCACGACAUCACACUGGAUUUCAGCACGAAUGUUUACUUUGAUUACGCCGUCAUUUCAGCUGGACAGUCAACACCUCUGCGGGGGUGCAGCAUCCUCGUCGACGAUAGCGACGCCGCAAUGAAUUACACGGGGGCUUGGAGCGAGCAGUCUGACCAGAUGUUCGCUACUGGAGACGGGCUGCAGCAAAUACCACACGGAAAGUCCGUUCAUCGAAGCACGAAAGCCGGGGACUACGUGCUUCUCCAGUUCACCGGUUCGUCGAUUUCUGUCUACGGCAUUGUGCAAUGGCAGAACCCCGGGCGCAUCUCGACAGCUUACACCCUCGACGGCUCCGCCUCCCCGCAGACGACUACAAUCUCCUCAGACGGGCAGCGCAACCCAUACACCGAUCAGCCCAACUACCUCUUCUACCACGCCGACCUCGCGCCAGGCAACCACACCCUCGUCAUCACCGUCACCGAAAUCACCGACCAGCAAUCCUUCCUCCUCGACUACAUCCUCUACACCGCGGCCUUCGACAGCCUCGCAGCAAUGCCGGCUCUGACGCCAAGUGACAUCCACCCGUGGACGCCUCCGCGCAUAGUGAGAGCGAAGAAGCCGUUCCCCAAAGGCGCGAUCGCGGGCGCUGCUGUAGGUGCUGCAGUGUUGCUCGCGCUCGUCGUGUUCCUCGUGUACCGCAUGGGAAGACGCAGACGCCCGAAAUCGUCUGGCGAACGCCCUGAGAUCGACCCGCUACCAGAACCAGUGGUACGGCCGUUCGAUCCGCCGUCCUACACGCCCGCGCCUAUGAUCUCGCUUUACCAGCCUUCGCAUACUGACGUUGGCGCCUCCUCGGUUGGGAGAUAUGCGUAUCCCGCAGGGAGCUCUGUCGCAGACACUUCGUCGUCGUCAUCACAUCCACCCGCGGCGCCCACCACGCCCACCGUCCUACUCCCCCAUCCCCAGCACUAUUCUCCAUACCUCAGGCCCUUAUCGCAAUCUCCUGCAUCUCCUCCCGCCUUAACUUCUCCCUCCGCGUCGUCGUCGGAGCCGUCCAUACCCCUCGAUGCGCUUGAUCGCCCCGAUCGGGUACAUUCACGUUCGCCGAUAUCCGAGAAACGGUCGUCCAGGUCUGAGAAGCGCGCCCGGGAGAGCGUGGUCGUGCACCAGACGCACCAUCCCCACGGCUCGCGCCUCUCAGCCAGCAGAUCCCAUUCCGACCUUGCCCACAACCCUCGCGCGCGCCAAUCCUCAGGCCAGUCGCAUCAGGCGCCUCAUAUCUACGGGUACGGUUCUGGGCCCCACGAAAUUCAGAUGUCGCCCACGGACGUAAACAUAUAUCGUGCUUAA